UUAACGCGUUGAUGACUGGAAUUCGCGGGGAAUUCGAUCCGGAACUGGAGUUAUCCAUGUUUAGCAGCUGAAGAAUUUUCGGGCAUUCUGCGAGGAAGUUGAAUUUAACACGUUAGUGCCCAUACAGGGUCAUUUUGUCAAUAUAUAAUUCUGUGGAGAAAAACAGACAUUUUCCAACAUGUCUAGAAUUGAGAAGAUGAGCAUCCUUGGUGUGCGGAGCUUUGGUGUAGAAGAUAAGGACAAGCAAGUCAUCACAUUCUUCACUCCGUUGACUAUACUGGUGGGACCAAAUGGGGCAGGGAAAACAACUAUUAUUGAAUGCCUCAAGUAUAUCACUACAGGGGAUUUUCCACCAGGAUCGAAGGGAAAUACAUUUGUGCAUGAUCCAAAGGUUGCUCACGAGACAGAUGUCAGAGCUCAGAUUAGAUUGCAGCUCAAGGACGUUAAUGGAGAACUUGUGGCUGUUCAGCGGUCCAUGGUGUGUACUCAGAAAGGGAAAAAAACAGAGUUUAAAACACUGGAGGGAGUGAUUACUAGAAUAAAGCAUGGAGAAAAAGUGAGCCUGAGUACAAAAUGUGCAGAAGUAGACAAAGAAAUGAUCACUGCUUUAGGUGUCUCCAGGGCUGUUCUAAACAACGUCAUCUUCUGCCAUCAAGAGGAGUCUAAUUGGCCUCUGAGUGAAGGAAGGCUGCUGAAGAUAAAGUUUGAUGAAAUUUUUUCAGCUACAAGAUAUAUUAAAGCUUUGGAGACUUUGAGGCAAGUACGAAUGAAGCAAGCCCAACAAGUAAAAGUGUACCAAACAGACUUAAAAUAUCUUAAACAAAAUAAGGAGAAAUCUCAGGAAAUUAAAGACCAUCUGCGGAAUAAAGAAGCUCAAAUGGCUGCUUCAAGGGAAAAUGUGAAAUCUAUUGAAAAUCAACUUGAACCUCUCAAGAAUCGUUUGGCUGAAAUUCAGAAGAAUCUUUCAAAAGUAUUGAAGCUCGACAAUGAAAUUAACGCCCUGGAGAGCAGAAAGAAAAUUAUGGAAAAAGAUAACCAAGAUCUAGAAGAGAAAAUAGAAAAGGUCUUCCAGGGUACAGAUGAGGAACUUAAUGAAAUGUACCACAAUCACCAGAGAACGGUGCGAGAAAAAGAGAAGAGGCUUAGUGAUCACCAGCGGAAAAUGGAUCAAGCCGUUAAGGAGUCACAGGGACUGAACAGGGAAAAAGGGGAUCUUCUGAUGCAACAAGGGCGUUUGCAAUUGGAAGCGGAUCAGCAUCAGAAGCAAAUCAAAACCCGAGAUUCACUCAUGAAGAGUUUGGCAACACAGCUAGAACUUGAUGGUUUUGAGCGAACACCAUUUAAUCAAAGACAGACUAGCAGCUUUCAGAAACUGGUCAAUGAAAGACAAGAAAAAGAUGAAGCCCAUGCAAAUCAGAUCAUGAAAGAAUUUGGGGAGAAAGAAGCAGCAAAGCAGAAACAAAUAGAUGAAAUCAGAGAUAAGAAAACUGGUCUGCAAAGAACCAUUGAAUUGAAGUCUACGAUGCAAAUCAAGAAGCAAACAGAUCUAAGGAACAUCAAAUCUGAACUUCAGCAAUUAGAGGGUUCCUCUGACAGGCUACAGGAAUUAGACGAAGAACUUGUGAAGACUGAACGUGAACUGGAGAACGUGGAAAAAAGUUGCAGUGUAGAUGCUUUGAAAGGUGAGGUUUCUCAGCUCCAGAGCCAAAAGGCAGACUUGGACAGGACAGUGCGGAAACUGGACCAGGAAAUGGAACAGCUAAAUAUGCAUACCACAACAAGGACACAGAUGGACAUGCUGAAGAAGGAUAAAGCUGACAAAGAUGAACAAAUCCGAAAAAUAAAAUCCAGACAUGGUGAUGAGUUGACUGCGCUUUUGGGGCAUUUUCCAAACAAAAAGCAGCUUGAGGACUGGAUUUAUGCAAAACUGAAGGAAGUAAAUCAGACUCGAGACAAACUGGGCACGCUAAAUAAGGAUUUAGUCUCGGCAGAGCAGAACAAAAACCAUAUGAGCAAUGAGCUUCGGAUAAAGGAGGAGAAAUGUUCAUCAUAUGAAGAAAAGGUUUUUGAUGUAUGUGGUAGCCAGGAUUUUGACAGUGAUCUGACACGCCUGCAGGACGAUAUAGAAAAGACCUCUAAACAGCGAGCAAUGCUUGCAGGUGCCACAGCUGUUUAUACUCAAUUUAUAACCCAGCUCACGGAGGAUAACCAGCCAUGCUGUCCCGUUUGCCAGCGGAUAUUUCCCUCCGAAGCAGAAUUACAAGAUGUGAUAAAUGAUAUGCAGUCCAAACUCCGGCUUGUUCCUGAUAAACUAAAGUCAACUGAAACCGAAUUGAAAAGAAGAGAAAAGAGAAGGGAUGACAUGAUGGAACUGAAACCAACGAGGCAUAUGCUGGUUGAACUGAAAGAAAAAGAUGUUCCUGAUUUAAGAAACAAACUUGUGGCAAUUAACAGAGAGAUUCAACGUUUAAAAAAUGAUGUAGAGGAACAGGAAACGAUGCUUGCGAUGCUUAUGUCUGAAGAAGAAAGUGCAAAAGCAUGUUUGCAGGAUAUUUCCCUCAUGGAUCGUUACCAGAUGGAAUUAAGAGAUGUAGAACGCAAGAUAGCACAACAUGCCACUAAACUACAAGGUGUAGAUCUAAACCGCACCGUUCAGCAGGUUAACCAGGAGAAGCAAGAGAAGCAACAUAGCUUGGAUAAUGUUUCUGGUAAAAUUGAGCUUCUGCGGAAACGGAUACAAGAUCAGCAAGAACAAAUUCAACACCUUAAGAAUGCAACCAAUGAGUUGAGAGCGGAAAAGCUUCACAUAUCCAGUAACCUGCAGCGACGUCAACAACUGGAAGGCCAAAAUAUAGAUCUAACCACUGAGCUCCAGUGUCUUUCCAGAGACAUUAAGGAAGCACAGGAACAGGUUGACCCCCUGGAAUCCACUUUAAAGAAGCUUCAGCAAGAAAAGCAGGAGCUAAUGGAAAGAAAGCACUCAAGCUACAAGGAGGCACAAGAAAAGUUAACAGACAUUAAAGAAAAAGCAAAAAAAAUACAGUUGCAUAUAAGAGAUAUUGAUAAGUAUAUUCAAGAUGGAAAAGAAGAAUUUAAAGAGCAAAAGGAAACUGAACUUCAGGAAUUAGUUACCCGACUAAAUGAGUGUGAAAAGCAGAAGGAGAAAAUAAAUAAAGAGAUGGUUUCCAUAAGACAGGAUAUUGACACACAAAAAAUACAGGAGCGAUGUCUUCAGGACAAUUUAACUUUGAGGAAACGAGUGGAAGAACUUAAACAAGUGGAACAGGAUAUAGGAAAACUUGUAAAAGAAAUGGGACAGAUGAAAGUCAUGCAGAUGAAAAAUGAACAUCGGGAGUUGGAAAACAAUAUAGAGACUCUGAAGGCAAAUCACAACUUGGCCCUUGGAAGACAGAAAGGAUUUGAGGAUGAAAUUAUGCGUUUUAAGAAGGAACUGCGGGAGCCUCAAUUCAGAGAUGCAGAGGAGAAAUACUGUGCAACAAUGAUUGAUAUGAGAACAACAGAGCUAGCAAACAAAGACUUGGACAUUUACUACAAGACACUGGAUCAAGCAAUAAUGAAAUUUCAUAGCAUGAAAAUGGAGGAAAUAAAUAAAAUUAUUCGUGAUCUUUGGCGGAGCACUUACAGAGGCCAAGAUAUUGAGUAUAUUGAAAUUCGAUCAGAUGCAGAUGAAACAGUAACUGCUGCGGAUAAAAGGAGAACAUACAACUAUAGAGUAGUGAUGAUAAAAGGAGACACUGCUCUGGAUAUGCGGGGUCGCUGUAGUGCUGGACAAAAGGUUUUGGCUUCCCUCAUAAUCCGCUUGGCAUUGGCUGAGACAUUUUGCCUGAAUUGUGGCAUAUUAGCCCUUGAUGAACCAACCACCAAUUUGGAUCGUGAAAAUAUAGAAUCUCUUGCACAUGCUCUCGUAGAGAUUAUAAAAAGCCGAUCCAGACAGCGCAAUUUCCAGCUUCUUGUUAUCACGCACGACGAGGACUUUGUAGAGCUCUUGGGGCGUUCCGAAUAUGUUGAAAACUUCUACCGGAUCAAAAAGAAUAUGGAGCAAUGUUCAGAGAUUGUAAAAUGCAGUGUCAGUUCUUUAGGAUCCUAUGUUCAUUAAACUGGUUCAGGACAUCGAGUGAACAAUUAUCGGAAACAUGGCUAUCUGUUUGUGUUACGCUUGUUUAAAUCUAAAGUUUGAAAUACAGAUAUUUAGUAUUUAAGGACGUUUAUGUAAUUGUUUCCAUUUCACUAGACAAAGGUUUUAAGUGGCUUUAUAUUCAUUUCUCACACACACAGUUGAUACAUUUACAGAAUGUAUAUUUUUUAUUUCACUUAUCUUAGCAGUUUCGGAUUUGUGCAUAACAUUGUGCAAGCAGUGACCAACAUAUAAUGAACACUUACUAAUAAUAUUUAUACACAAUAUCAGACUGACUGUGUAUUAGCUGAUGUCAUCACACUAACUUAAUUUGUCUCAGUUUAGUGCCAUAAAUUGACUUACUAGCAAACUUUAUUGGCACACUGGGCAGAGGUGCUUGGUUCUAAAGACUCAACAAUCAAAAAUGAGAUGUAAAACUCACAACAAAAAUACAUAAUGUUUUCUUAUGUAGCAAUAUAAAAUAUUACGAA